UCUCCUUGCUGUCUCGCCCGAUGGAGAGAGAGAGAGCUCGCCUUGUCCCUUCCAGAUCACCGCUGCCACCUCCCUCUGGCGGAGCUCGCUGCCGUCCAUGGCCUCCCCCUCGCCCCUCCCCUUCCCCCACCCAACCAAACCAACCAGCCCACCCGACACCCUUCCUCCUCCAAGAGAGCCAAGCCACACCCUCUCCCCUCAGAUCCAUGGUGCUGCUCAGCGCCAGCACGGCCCUGCGUGCACGCGUGGUCGCCCCGGCGCUGACGGCAGCGGUGUGGGCGUGCCUCCCCAUGUCGCCGCCUCCUACAAUCGCCGCCUCGGUGGCCCUCCGCCACGAACCAAGGCCAGCAACGUCUACCGCGUGCCAGAUCCGACACGAGGACCACGAGCAGGGGACGGGCUUCCUCACUCCGCCCCGGAUCUGCGGCUGCCCUCCGCUGGCCAUGGACUCCGUCCUAGGGUUUUCGCCGCCACCGGAGAGGGGUGGAGUGUAGAAGGACCAGAUCAAGAUGGCUGGACGGCUCCUCGGGCAGCUCCUCAUCAUGGGCAGCGCCGUCGUCGGCAGGGCCGUGGUGCAGGCCUACCGCCAGACCAUCGUCAAGUUUUAAGAAGAAUUCUGGUACGAACACACUGCCCGUAUACUUGUACAUGUGCAGCUGAGGAACAUCCUAUGGGCUACUUCCAAGCAUGAUGUGUACGUGAUGUAGAACUAUUCUGUGAUGCAUUGGUCGUCCUUACUCCGCAGAGGAAAAGAAGUGCUGAACGUGGUAGGCCAAUGGGCACCAGUAGACUAAACAGCUGCCAGCCAUGAACGAAAGGCAGUUCUAGACAAUCUACUUCCUGCUCGUCAGGAGCUACA